GCACGACGGAUUCACACCAACACGAUUCGCCAGGACGUACACGGCGUGUUACGCGCGCGUUGCGUCAGGAGCGACGCUGACAGCGACGCAAGUUGCAGAUGCUAAUCACAUUCCCCAAACACUGACGAUAAAUACGAGGGCGCGCGCCCGCAGCAGGCGGCAAGACUCCUUUCUUUUCCUCGGCCAAGCACAGACCCGACCACACGACCUAAAGCGACAAAAAAAAACAAGAAAAAUAAAAUAAAAUAAAAAAUGGCAGCACCCCUUCGAGGCUGCGUCGUCUGGAUCAACGGCCCGCCCGGCGUCGGCAAGCUCGCCGUGGGCAGCCAGCUCAGCGAGCUGCUGGGCCCGAACACGUGCCCGCCGCCGGUGCCCUACAACUGCGACGGCGAGCCGGCGCACCUGCCCGACGCCGUGCGGCGCGCCCACAUGCUGGACCGGGUGCU